GAGGCUGCAGAAAUGCAAAACUUGUUGCUGCCUCGUCUGGAGGCGUUGAUCUCACACAGCGCCGAGCGGCAGAGCGGAGUGCGAGUGUGUCUGCGAAUCGCUCCCAAGUGCGCUCAGACGACACCAGGCGAGAGUCCGUAAGCGGAGGGACGCGCGCACCGGCCACGGAACGCGUGAACACGGACUAAGGCACGGUGCGUCGCCGCAAAGCGCGUGGCCGGCGGCCGUCGGAGGAUGCUGUCAAGCCGCUCCGUGGUGGUGGUGGAGUGCGGGUAGUGCGCCCCGCGCUGCCCCGGGUUCAGGUCGCGCAAACGGACGCUCCGGUUGUCCGCUGUUUGUGGACUUUCCAGCGCAUUGGACUUUGGCCGCGCGCCUCAUCAGGCGCAAGACUUUGGAACAUUGGUGGACAAUAUUUGUGUGAAGGCUUUUUGUUUUGUUUUUUUGUUUUUUUGUAAAAGCGCAGAGGCAGUUUUACUGCACGACUUCAGUUGGACUGUGUUCUUCUUUCGUCAGUAUGGAACCUUACACAGAAAGUCACUGUGGGACAUUUAACAUUGGACUAUAAUCAUGAGUUAAGUGACAAAAAUAGUUAUAUUCCCCGUUGAUUUUCGCCUGCGCUCUCAUCUGAUUUGAUCCGAGUGAUGUGAAGAAAAGCGCGCAGAAAAAAAAACUUUGGAAUAUAAUAGGUGGCUCGUGCAGCAAGUGAAGUAAGAUUAUUUUAUAUCUGCUCGCCUAAUCAAAGACUAAAACACAAGCACCCGACCGCGUGCAUAAAUAAGACGGGGCCGCGGUUGACGUGCGUAUUUGGAGACAGUUUGUUCCUUCUCUCCUCCGCGUCCUUGGUGAAGUUGAAAAACAAACAAUUGUCUCACAACAAUGAGAACUCAUAUGAUGAGUUUUAAGAGCCAGAGUAGCUGAACAGGUUAUUUAGAAGCGCCGUACAAUAUUUGAAUCGUUUUUUUGUACAUCGUCUCUUUUUGGUGAACAGACGGAAAAAACAGACUGUGUGCCGAUGUCUGGCGAACUCGCCGUCAUGUGGGAUUGAUUGCAGGGAGUAUGUUUGGGCUGGAGCAGUUUGGUUCUCAGAUUAAUAGCAGAAACCCUGGCCAGUCAGAGAGAAACAUAAACCAACCUAGGCUGAACAUGGGCUCCCAUUUUAAGAGCCCAGGUUUUCACGCUGCGGGGCCGCCGGGAGCCGUGGAACCCGGCAUGGGCCCUUUGAGCGAGCCGCAAAUGCUCGGGCUCAACAUGAAUAUGAACGGAGAGCAGUACGGGGGCUUUCACCCGCGGGGCCACUCGGACAUGCACGCAGGCAGCGGGCUCCAGGCGCAGCAGCAGCCGCAGCAACAGCAGCAGCAGCAGCAGCAGCAAGGGCCUAUGCAUGGAUUUUUUAACAACCAGCAACCUCAUCAAGGACAUGCCCACGGCCACCAACCACACCCCCACCAACAUCACCCUCAUUUCAGUGGGACGUUUGGAGGCCCGGAGCCAGGGUCAUCAUGCCUGCAUGGUGGCAGGCUAAUGGGCUACAAUAACAAUGGCAUGGGACCACAGCAGGGCUUUGGAGAAGGAUUUGAUCCUCUUGCCGAGGGACAGGCGGGAGACGGUUUCCCUCAGCAGCAGCAGCAGCAGCAGCAGCGGCCUGGUAACAUGCCCGAUUUUCAACAUCACGGGCCUCCCAGCGGCAGCCAUGCUGUCCCUGCCCCCUGUCUACCCCUGGACCAGUCACCUAACAGAGCAGCAUCCUUCCACGGGCUCCCUUCCUCCUCCUCCUCCUCCUCAGAGGCUCACGGUUUGGAGCCUCGGCGGAUGCCCAACCAGGGUCCUGUAGAGGGAUUAGAGUAUAAUUUCCCAAGUGAGCCUCCAUCUGGACAUUUUGACGUACCUGUGUUUUCCCCAUCCGAGUCAGAAUCUCAGUUGCCACAUUUUGGGCCGGGAAGGCCGGUUCCUAGUGGAAAUUUCCCGGGGAACCCUGGCAUGCCGCGGACACCAGGUAUGCAGGGCAUUUCCAAGGGACACCAGCCGCCGCCGCCGCAGCCCCAACAGCCUCAGCAUGGAGUGUUUUUUGAGCGUUUCGGAAGUGGCCGGAAGGUGCCCGUGGGAAUGGAGCCUGGGGUCAAUGCGAGGCAUCCCCUCAUGCAGCAGCAACAACAGGCGGGCUUAAUAGCUAGACAGAACUCGUGCCCCCCUGGCCUCCCCCGACCCCCUCAGGCUGAGCCCAGCUCCUCUAACCCUAACAUUCUGGAUGGAGGGGUUAUGAUGCCUGGCCAACACAACCAGUUUGAAUAUCCCAUUCACAGACUGGAAAAUAGGGGUCUGCACCCCUACGGGGACCCCAUGUUUAAUAUGCAACAGCCAGCUCCUCCUCCCUCUCAACAGCCCCCGAAUCAGAGGCUGCAACACUUUGACUCUCCUUAUAUGAACAUGGCCAAAAGGCCUAGAUUUGACUUUUCUAAUGCACAUGGGGGGGAGGGCUGGUGUGGUGGUAUGGAUAACCAUCUCUCUCCCUCUGCCUACCCGGGCCUGCCUGGAGAGUUUACCCCACCUGUGAGUGAAGGCUUCCCACCGGGCCCCCUGCAGCAUCCAGGGCCCGAGCAGCAGUCUCUGCAGCAGCGUCAGAACGCAGCCAUGAUGAUAAAACAGAUGGCGUCACGCAACCAGCAGCAGCGGAUGAGGCAGCCCAGUUUGCAGCAGCUGGGUCACCACGGCGAUGUACCUCCCGGCCCGAUGGCACACGGCGGUCCGGUCGGGAGCAUGCCCAACUUUGACAGGGAGAAUGCCGGCAGGAUGCCCAACAUUGAUGGACAAAACCCUCAUGUAACUCAGGAGAACUCCUGGUUCCAGGGGUCCCACCCGCCAGGGGAGAUGAUGUCACGACGUAUGGGUGGAGGAGGCAAUGAAUCUGGACCUCACGAUAUGGGGCUACAGCAGAACGGAGCCGGGAUGAUGUUUCGACCCGGCAUGGGCAUGCAGGAGCCCAUGAGGAUACCGGGAGACGGGCACGUCCAGGCUCUCCAUUCCCCCGGCAUGCACUCACAGUUCGGCAACAACAUGGGCAACCUCUCACAAAUGCAGUCUCCGGGAGCGGGAGCGGGGCACCCGAACGCACCGGCGGAGAGGCGGCCGGCGGACUUCCCCGCACCUCCGAUGGGAGGACAGCCAAACUUCCCCUACGGGGGCGCUAACCGUCAGGGGCCGGCCCACGGCGCUCCCCAGGGGGUGAGCACCUCGCCGGGGAGCUAUCCUCCCCAGCCCGAGUUCCCCGCAGGCCAGCGGUCGUCUGUGAGCAAGCUCGGCGCCCUGUCCCUCGGGAACUUCAACAAAACCAGCGCUAAAGACAGUGUGUUCGGCCAGAGCUGCCUGGCGGCCCUUUCCACGGCCUGCCAGAACAUGAUCGCUAGCCUAGGGGCCCCCAGUCUUAACGUAACAUUCAACAAGAAGAGCCAAAACGAGGGCAAGCGAAAACUGAGCCAGACAGAGCAGGACAUUAAUAGCAGCACAUCUAAUGGGACGGGCAGUGCUGGUCCUGAAUAUUUUCAGAGCAGCACUUCUCAGAACAGCCAGAUGUCUGGCACUGGGAAUAGCGGCUCUAAGCCUGCAAGUCAAAGCCAGACGGUGCAGGGGGAAGCCAGUGCCCUCUCCCCAAACUUCAACAUGGACGCUACCCCGUGCAGUGAGGGGAAGGCAGCAACAGGGAGUGGGAGAGGGAGAGGGAGGAGAAAAAGAGACAGUGGACAUGUGAGCCCUGGAAUUUUUUUUUCCUCUGACAAUGGUAACCCUGUUGUAAGUCCAGGCCAGCAGACCCCUUCAGCUGGCGUUGGGGAGAGGGGUGGGGGCACACCUCAUGAGAAGCACCUCCAAUCCCCCUCUUGGGGAAAGGGAGGUGACCUAAUGUUGGGGGACCAGGCCGACCUGAUGUCUUCUUUGGACAGUGGUAUUCAAAGUGUGGCCAAGUCUGACAGUAGCUCACCGCGAGUGGACUUUCCCGACGAUGUCAGCACCCACUACGGCAACGAGGACGAGGUCUCCUCCAGCUCAGAUGCGGGAGCAGCCUCGGCCAACAAGCCUAACCGCAGCCCCAUGAUAGCCGGCUCGCCCAAAAUGCAGAGGACUGAUCACGGCUUGAUAAAUGGACAGAAGCCCCUGAGCAUGGGCAUCAACAAUCAUACUACCUCGACACCAGACGGCUACGGACUGAGUGCUGGUGGGAGCACAGGGGCCAGUGGGGUGAGCCAUCCCGGCACUCCUGGGGUGGAUCAGGUACGCACUCCAUCUAGCACCUCUGGCCAGGAGGAAAUCCAUCCUCUGGAGAUCCUGCAGGCCCAGAUCCAGCUACAGCGGCAGCAGUUCAGUAUCUCGGAGGACCAGCCCCUGGCCAUGAAGAAUGGCAAAAAGAAUGGCGACUGUCCCUCACAGAACGGAGACAAUGAGCUGGCGAGCUGCAGCCCGGAUGCUGGGAAGGCCUCAAUGGGCACUAUUGACCUUGACACCCUCAUGGCAGAGCAGCACGCCACCUGGUACGUGCCCAGUGACAAGGCCAUGAUGGACGGGUCAGAGGAUGACAAGACCAUGGGACCCUGGGAAAAAAACAAGAGCCAAAACAACAGUAAAGAAGAAGCGGAACUGUCCCAGACCAAGGCUGGGGCGCCGGGGCCCGGAGGAGGCGGGAGCAGCGGCGGGAACCACCUGCAGUGCCUGUCCGUCCACUGCACCGACGAGCUGGGGGACAGCAAGGGCCGCGGGGGGCCCGUCUCGUCCUGGCGCUCGCUCCACUCCGACAUCUCCAACCGGUUCGGGACGUUCGUGGCGGCACUGACUUGAGCGGGGAGCAGGCCCGGCGCGGGGGAGGGGACGGGGCGGGGGGGUCGGAGACAGAGACUCGCGACAAGGACGACGGGGGAGAGUCGAUGAGGCAGCGGCCGACGAGCCGCCUUCGCCUGUUCAGGGAGAGAAAGACGCUAGACACACACGCCAACACACACCGACGCCCUCGCUCACCCACACGCCACACGCAAAUACCAUGCUUUUUUUUUUUUCCAUACAUGCAGUCACACUUGAGGACACUUUCUCACACACUGCUGGACAAUACGGUGCAGGCUCCACUCAACCAACGCCCGCAUCUGGAAAACCUCAAAUCAACAUCAUUUUUUUUUUUUUACUUUUUAUUUUAUUUUAUUUGUUGAAGAAAAAUAACAACAUGGCAAAGGAGGAGAACACGAACCCGGAGGAGGCAGAAGACGCGGUUCAGUUGCCAUUGGCUGUGAUUGUAUACGCCUGCCCCCAAAACCCAAUUUAUAGAGUCCCCUAAUCCACACAGAGGGAUUUCUCCAACAUGUUGACACACGUCUUGAUGUGAUGAGCAGGCGAAGAGAUGGAGAAGAAGGGCGAUUAUGCAUGAAUGUACUAUAUGAUGUUUUCCAUCUUUAGCAAGAAAAAUUAUAACAUUUACCAGUUGCUGCUCUUAAUCAUGUAAGAUUUGUUGUAGUUCCCGGUUUUCCUCUCUCCUCUUCAUCGACCUUAUUGCGUAGCUCUCAACCACGCGUGUACAAUCCAGCCAAUGGGAACUGAAAGCAGAGGUUGGGAGAUUGUUUGUUUAAUAAGGGAAUAGAAAAAAAAGACUAUUGGUAUUGCACAUGUAUUAUAAGAGAAAAUUUGCUGUGUGUUAGGCAAUCUUGUAAUCUUUAAAUAAAGCUUCUGUUGAAUUUGAAUCUCUGAAACGAUAGAUGGAGGACUGUGACGGCAACUUACGAACAGACUUUGUUUUGUUUUUUGUUUUCUUUUUUAAUAAUAUGUAAAGUGCAGUCGUCUGUUUUCCUGCAUAUUGUAUAUAUCUGUAUAUGUUUUAUUGAGUAACUAAAUAACAAUAAAUAUGAUGUUAAAGGUG